AUGGCACACCAGCUCCCACUCCUCGAUUAUCAUUACAACCCUACAGAAACCUUGCACACCUUCUCCAAUGCAGUCUUCGAUUAUCUGGAUACGCACUACGAGCCAAAGGGUACCCAUCUACUCGAACCCGAAAAGAUGAGGGCCCUAUUGGUGUUCUUGACUCUUCCAGAGGAUGUCGAAGUCAAUCGUCAACUCAGCUCCAUGUACUUCAACAUUGUGUUCUUGGCCCACUCGGUCCAGACGGUGUUCACAGCCCAUGGUCCAGCGGUGACUCCUGCCGGUCUCAUUACUUAUCUUCGUUCCGAGAUCAUGAGUGAACCUGAUACAAGCGGCUUUAAGUGCUUUGAAAUGGCAAACAAAGCAAUGCGACUGAGAGUCCCUUUUGCUCGGUCGCAGUUCCCUCCAGUGGCAGAACCAAGGGCCAAGGAAUUGCAGUCGUAUAUUGAAGCCAGCGUUAGAAACACUAUCAAAGACAUGGGCUGGAGUGCAGCGGCUGUAUACAAUGAGGAACUCGAGGCCGUGAAGAUGCGAAUCGCCUUGGAGCAGAGGGGUCAACAGAUUGCAUUGGACCUUAUCAGCCCGCGAAUUUGCUAUAGCUGUCAUAGAUACCCAUGCACUUCUCGUGAGAUGCAGUGCGUCAAGAGACAAAAGAGUGGUAACUUAUCAAAUAACACCUGGAUCGGUACGUUGUUCUUGUUCCCUGAUCUUGGUCUGACGCCUCUUCAGAGCCUUGGACAGCAUGCCGCCCUCGUACUGGUUCUCGACACUUCGAUACGUGAUAGAACAGCAAAGAGGGAAGGUAUGGCGUUGUCGUGCAGAACCAGCGACCUCAUGUGCAACAGGUUUGAAGACCAAGGCGAGUGCCAGGCGACGACGAUGCGGACGGGUUAG